AUGGUUACAUCACCUCGUGCAUGGCUUCGUCGACAAAAUUCACCUCGUAGGGCACGAGCUACAAUUAUUGGAAGUUUACUCUUUUGGACAAUGUUCAACAUUCACAGUUUGAUUGGUUAUGACACUGGUCAAUUUGGAUGUAUAGCAACUGCACAUCCAGUCUAUGGACUUUUCUAUUCCAUCUACAGUAUCAUCACAUCAAUUUUGUCGCUAGUUGUCAUGAUUGUUUUCAGUGUUCUUACUUUAUUAAAUGUUCGAUCAUCACCUGCUCGGCAAAUUCAUCCGCAUCUGUUUCAAAAAAAUCCUAUCCAAUCAUAUGAUAUGCAACGUACGACGUAUAUCAUUUCGCAGGUAUCUAAUCAUCACCAAGAACGACAACGACAGUUUAUUCGAUUAGCUCUUCUACAAGUGGCUUUUUUUAUUGUGCUCAAUUUAACGUGGUCAGCUUUUCCAUUUUAUGCUUUGCGUAUCUUCCAGCAAAAAGCUAUCAAUGUUGAUCAGAUUUUGAUCUUAGGAUUUUGGAGUGGAAUCGGCUUGAAUCUUCUUUCAACAUAUGCAGCGGUCGCAUUUAUAAUAUAUACAAUAGCUUCAAAAACAUUUCGUCGAGAGUUCAUCUUGACAAUCAAGCGAAUGUGGAAUAGUGUUGGUCAAUAUCUUUAA